AUGGCGUCCAAACGCAUCUGGACUGCCGUGUCGAUCGACUCGCUGGCUCCCCGCUGCCGUGCUCCCACCCAGCGCUGCUUCUCCCAGUCAGCAUCUCGCUCCUCGACCUCAUCGACCUCUGCCAUCGCAUACAAGGCCCUGCACCGCCGCACAUCGCCUCUGCCUCAAGCUCCUACUGCUGCCAACGUCUCGCCUGCCGCCGCCGUCUCUAGCAUUCUCUACGAGACCCCGCUACCCUCCCAAGCUCCUCCCAAGCGUCAUGUCCUCAACUGUCUUGUCCAGAACGAGCCUGGUGUGCUCUCGCGCGUUUCUGGUAUUCUAGCCGCCCGCGGCUUCAACAUCGACUCGCUGGUUGUCUGCAACACUGAAGUCCCUGACCUCUCGCGCAUGACUAUCGUGCUUCAAGGCCAGGACGGAGUCAUUGAGCAGGCCCGUCGUCAGCUCGAGGAUCUGGUGCCAGUCUGGGCCGUCCUCGACUACACGAGUGCACCUCUUGUUCAGCGUGAACUCCUUCUGGCCAAGGUCAGCAUCCUCGGUCCCGAGUACUUUGAGGAGCUCCUUGCCCACCACAGAGAGAUGACCGAUGCUGAGGCCCAGGCCCAGGCUGCUGGUCUCACUCCCGAAGAACUCGAGAACAAUGCUCGCGCUCAUGAAGAAGCGCUCAGACGAGACUUCCACCCUAGCCGCCUCGCUGCUAGUGAAGCCCUGAGACACAAGCACAAGCAUCUCGAGACCAUCACCUAUCUCACCCACCAAUUCGGCGGCAAGGUCCUCGACAUUUCAACUAACAACUGCAUUGUCGAAGUCUCAGCCAAGCCUCACAGAAUUGAUUCGUUCAUGAAGCUUAUUGCACCUUUCGGUAUUCUCGAAAGUGCCAGAACAGGUCUCAUGGCUCUACCCAGAUCGCCUCUUCAUGGUCCCAGCGAGGAAAUGGAGAAGGAAGCUGAAGACGUUGUCGAUGCCAGCACCCUUCCCCCUGGAUAG